GCCCAUUCACAAUUCGCGUAGUGCUUACACUGUGUUGGUCGUCAUUUACUAUCGCGCUGAAAUGUACAUGGUGUCAUGUUAGUAAGAGUAUUAUAAAGAAGUGAGCUGUACAUUUAAACGAAGUUGAACAAAAUUGUCAAGAUGCCGACGAGUACUUUAGCGGAAGAUUGUGGUAGCAAGGAACUUAAUUUACAGGCAGGGUCACAGAAGAAAACUUCAAUUCAGGAGAAAAAUUUCAAGAAACUUCAAGUUUCGUUGAAAAACACGAAUGAUCUGGACAACGGCUGCAUGAGCCCGGUGGUGGACAGUGCACACGUUCUCCUGAAACCAGCGGAGAACGGUCAAAUGUUCGUUGGUCACUUUGAAUAUGAACACCCACAGAAACAUGGGCAAAGGCCGAACGAACACAUGAACGAAUACGCCGCCUCGUACGUGCCUUCGCAGGGCGGCAACAAGAUGGACUCGUACGUAGAUCUCAGUCAGUGUGAAAAAGAAAACCAAAGAAACAUGCAAUAUGGACACCAACAAGUGAAUUACGCUGAACAUCCGAACGUCCAGACGGUCACUGGACAGGAACGGUAUGGACAUAAUAAUAUACAAACGCGUUCACAUAAUAACAACCAGUGUCCAGUCUCUAUUGAAACCCGCGCUCCACAGAACCAUAAACAGCACGUGUGUCGGAAAUCUUCCAAAAGAUGUUGCUCACCUUUGACAUGUUUUAUUGUUGCAAUACUGGUAAUCCAAGUAAUAUGGAUGGGACUAUUUGCAUGGCUUCUGCUAGACAAAAUGAACUUAUCAGAUCGUAAUGAGGAGCAUGCCGGGCAUGUGCCCAACAAAGACCACAAGUCGCACCACAUUGACGAUUUUAAUGAAAUCACGAGACCUCCUGUAAAAUAUCAAGACACUCUUCAUUACCCGACGCCCGCCCCUCCCAGGACGAAGGGACCAAUCCCAGAGGUACCGACCUUGGGCAUUAAAAUGGAAAUUGAUCCUUCCUUUUUAUCAAGUCAAGGAAAUACGGUGAUGUGGACGUACCCAGAUGAGCGCCACCUAACGGGGAUCGAGUACCACAAUGGUUACUUCCGGGUCAACGUCACUGGCUUCUACUUUGUCCAGUCGACAUUGAGUCUUGACCAUCGCCCGAUUACUGACAACGAGUCCGGUACCAUCCGUUUUAUCCACUGCAUCAAAGUUGACGGACGGCCCAAGAUGGAUGUUUGUGAAAACAAAGAACUGUCGCCAAUCAAGUCGGGCGGAAGUACCGUCCAAGACCCUAUGAUGUACCUUGAGAGCGGAAGUAGUGUGUAUGUGUCAAUUAGUCACAUGACCAAAAUCUACGACAGUGUGACAGAAAAUAAAUUUGUUAUGUUUUUACAGAGAAUUUCAUGAAUGUUAUAGAUUUGUGUAAGGGUAUAUGUGUGGGUGUAUGUGUCUGUGUGGUCUAUAACAGUAUUCAUCAGUUGCACGUGCUUCCGGAUUAUAUGUUCUGUACGUAGCUUCCGGUAGGUUCGUUCGGUACAGAAUGCACCCUCUCUUUAAGUCAACAAAUACUUUGACAUGUGGUUCAUCGUGUUCAAAAAAUGCAAAACUUUUCUAAAUUAAAAGCUCAUCAACAGCAAGUUUCGGAUAUCUGCUGUAAGAACAGACGAACGACAUAUUUGAAUUUCGUGAUUUGCAUGUGCUUUCAAUCAAAUUGCAAAAAUUACAUGUGACCGUUCUUAUCAGACAGAAUACAUCCUGUUUCCGUACAAACGAAGUAAAACUAUCAGCCUAUCGAUCGUCUGUUGGUAGACUCGCCGUUAAGAAUAUCAUAAUAUGUGCCAUUCCUAUUCAAAAGCUCUUUUGAAAUCAUGUACAUAUGUUUAUGGCGUUUGAAUCUUUUGGAAACCGCAGAACAGGGGAGAAAAUGAUUAUGCGAUGUGAGGGAGUGGUGAGCGAGCUUUAAGCGUUGUCUGUAUAGCAAGCGAAAUUGAUAAAACGAGAGAACACGUGUCUUGCGGUUUAACAAUCAUUAUUACAAGGAGCCUCCAUUGGCGCCACACGUUCAUUUUAAGGUGUUGUAGAUUAAUUUUAGAGAAUGAAAUUUAAAAAAAUAUAUAAUUAAAAAUUAUACUUUCAGACACGUUAUGAACCAUGAUGGGAUUUUGAUGGACUUUUCAAAAAACCAAUGUGAAUAUUAUGGUUGAUAUUUAUAUUUAUCUCGUCACUAUUCUUGACAAAGGAUAAGAAGUUCUGAUAGAUGUGGUUGUACAAUUAAUGAUCGACUUGUGAAUGUUUGAAAGAACAUAUUGUGUAAGGAAUUGGCAUUGCUUAGAAUCAAAAGUUUUUAUAGCCGAUUGAACAUAUACUUUACUCGGAACAGAUUUAUAUUUUUUUACGGUAUACCCAUAGCUUUAUAUAUUGUAAAUAUUCAUAGUAUUUAAAUGUUGUGAAUAACUGGCACACAACUCCAAUGACAAAAUGGCGAUAAAUACAUUAUAGGCAAACAAAUAUGCGUCUCAUUAACAGAAACAAAAACUUGUUCGGUAGAUAUGAAAUUAUUGUGGGCUGGAGUUAUCUCUCCUCACUUCCGGUUCGGAGAUGCAUUUCGUGAACAAUUCGUGUUUAAUUUACUCAUUAAAACAGCUUCUCAAUGGGAAUAUUUGCAAAUGAAAAAAAGGAAAAGAAAAUGACAUUUUUUUAUUUUUUUUUCAAAUAUGUCCUCAUUAUCUUUUCAGGAUUUCCCGGUUAUUUUAUUUAUUGUUGACUUCCAUCUCGCGAAUCAUGAGGAAAUAUUGACGCUCACUUUCCAGUUUCCCGCCAUUUUGUCUGGGGUUGUUCAGAUCCAGUUGUUACACAAUAGUACUAGAGAUGUUAACUUGUUAUUGUGAUACUAACAAGGGUUGUUACGUUUUGGAUGAAAUAUUUUCAUUGAAUUGUAUAUUUGAUGUAAAAUGUUUACUGUGAUAUUAAAAUAAAAAAUGUGAC